AUGAAGCCUGUACUAAAGGCAGGUACUGAUGAUGCCGCCGAUGAAUUGCUUUCGGCUUUUCAAGAGACUCGUUUUGAUAAUGUCAUUCAGGUGACGCACGAACAGCUCAGUUACAUCGAAGAAGUAACAGAAACAUAUAACCUUCAGAAUGUCUGGGGACUGUGGCUAGAUGACACAUUCGCAACAAACCUGGAUAGAGCACGCCGGGAAGCGUCAGAACUAUGA